AUGGUUGCGUCGAAUGCACCUCCGGUACCCAUGGCCGAGGACGAGGCGAACUCGGGCUUCAGUCACGACGAGGGCGGGUCGAGCGGCGACGACACCUCGCACAACGGACCCGCCUCUACCGCCGUCGCCGGCAACAAGAGGAAGAGGACCAAGUAUCAGAAGACAUCAUGCGAGCUGUGCAAGGCCCGCAAGGUCAAGUGUGAUAGGGCCGAGCCUGCCUGCUCCUGGUGUGCCCGCCACAACCGCACCUGUGUCUACCUCGAGAGGCAGAAGCCUGGCAGUCGCAUCGGCUUCACCCUCGAGCUCGAGACCAAGGUGAACCGCGUCGAUGCCCUCCUGCAGACGCUAUGGCGCCGCGUCGAGGACCACAUCGCCCAUGACCACGCAAGCCCGUCGCAGCAGACGCUCUCGCCCUCCGUCAGCAAUCCCAACGCGUCGCAGGCCGAUGGCUACCCGCCGCAGCCUGACGGCGCCGCGCCGCCGAGGAGACCGGUAGGCGUUCCUGCCGGUACCCCCAUCAUCCCGGGCCGGACGCCCGUGGCCUUCUCCAGCCCGUCGUGGCAGGGCGCCGAAGGUCAAGAUGGGAUGCAAGGCGGCCCGCGGUCGUCCGUCCAGGGGCCUCCGACGAGCAUGUCCAUGGCCGGCGGCGGCGGCGGCGGCGGAGGCGGAGAGUCGUCUCCCUUCAACGGGACGAACCACAUGCCUCGAGGGCCGCCGAUGCGGGCGGGCUCCUCGUCGCUCUCGGGAGGCACGGAUCUCCCGCCGCACGACAUGAUUUACACGCUGGUCGACCUCUACUUCAAGCACUGCAACACGUGGUGCCCGAUCCUGGACCGCAAGACGACCUUUGGCGUCUUCUUUGGGUCGACAUCACAGAGCGAAGUCGACCGCAUCUUGCUGCACGCCAUCGUGGCCACGACGUUGCGAUUCCUCAAAGACGCACGACUCUCGCCCGAGAUGCGGGCCCAUUACCACGCCGUGUCGAAAAACACCGUCAUGAUAUACGCCAUGGAACACGUCAGCGUCGCGGCGCUCAAGGCUCUCGUCAUCCUUUCGCUCGAUGAGCUAGGCACGUCCAACGGCCCGCGCGGGUGGAACUUGCUGUCUCUGCUGGCACAAAACGUGCGGCACCUGGAUCUCUGGGAGGAGAACAGCAUGUACCUGUCGGCGGGCGAGGAGGACUUGCCGCACACGGGCUCGGUGCGACGGGUCACGGUCGGGCAGCCCGAGUCGUGGAUCGAAGACGAAGGCCGGCGGAGGCUGUGCUGGAUGGUGUACCUGCUGGACCGGUACGCGACGGUCGCGACUACGACGUUUGACUUUAUGCUCGAGGACAAGAGGAUGAAGCGGAUGCUGCCGUGCUCGUAUGACCUGUUUUCAAGAAACGUGCCGGUGGAAACGGGCUCGUUGGAUCCGACACCGGACGGCCACGGCGGGACGACGUACACGGUCAGCAAGCCCGAGAACUUGGGCAGCUUCUCCUACCACUGUGAGAUACUGCGUAUCCUCAGCCAGGUGCACGACUUCCUCAAGACGCCCAUAGACGUGACGUCGUCGACGGAGAUGGCGGGCUGGCGCAACACGUACCGGUCGCUGGACUCGGCGCUGGACAACUGGCUGCAGAGCCUGCCGAGCGAGUACAGCCGGAUCUCUGCGCUCUGCCACUCGGACCCGGCGAGCCGGGUGGCCAACUGGUUCAUGCUGCACAGCGCGUACGUGACGUCGGUGGUGCGGCUGCACUCGUCGGCCGCGUACCCGACGGUGCGCUCCCACAUCUUCGUGCCAUCGCACUACGCCAUGCAGCGGUGCCUGUCGGCGGUGCAGAGCCUCCGCGACAUCACGCAGGACGUCUACGAGGCCAACGGGCUGGAUCUGGUGGGCCCGCCGUUUGCGUUUUCGCUGUGGACGGCGGCGCGGCUCCUCAUCGUGCACGCGUCAGCCAUGGGCUGCGCCGUGGACAGCAAGAUUGACUUCUUCAUCGACAUCCUGACGUACGUGGGGCAGUACUGGGAGGUGGCCAACAACUACGCGCGGAUCCUCGCGCGGGUGAUGCAGAAGGGGCGGCAGAGCGAGAUGCCUUAUGCCGUCAUGAGAAAGAGCGCAUACGAUCUCGUUGGCCUCACGUCGGCGACGCGCCGCUCGGGCCUCGACGAGACAUCCUCGCAAUCCGUAUCGCUGAGCGAGCUCGACAACAUCGACGUGUUUGACUUUUUCAACUACCCCAAGGUGGCAGAGCCUGGGCCGCGAACCAUGGCAGCCGCCGCUGCCGGCGGACAGACGAGCACUAUUCUGCUGCAAACACAGGGCUACGGGCCAGAGGCCAUGAGGAACGGCGGGGCGGCCGUCCCGGACCCAGAGGCGGACUGGCUCGGCUACGGGUCGCCUUUCAGCUAG